AUGUAUAUUGUCCAAUUUGUAUACUAUUGUAUCGAAUCCGAAAUCCCCCAAUCUGUAUCAGUAACUGAGAAUGUGGGGAAGCCAUCCUUAAAUGAACAAUCCACCCCUGAAAUUGAAAAGAAGUACGUGCAUAGUGUUUAUGAUGCUAUUGCUCCACAUUUCAGUUCCACCCGGUUUGCCAAGUGGCCAAAAGUUGCCACCUUUUUAUCAUCUUUGGCUUCAGGAUCUCUUGUUCUGGAUGCAGGAUGUGGAAAUGAUAAGUACUUGGGUCCGGAUCCUGAUUGCUUUUUCAAAGGAUGUGAUAUAAGUGCUCCCUUAAUCAAAAUCUGUGUGGAUAGAGGGCAUGAGGUUCUGGUUGCAGAUGCUGUAAAUCUUCCAUUCAGAAAUAGUUUUGGUGAUGCAGCAAUCUCUGUUGCUGUAUUACAUCAUCUAAGUACAGAGACUAGGAGAAGAAAAGCCAUUGAAGAAUUAGUUAGAGUUGUCAAAAAGGGUGGCCUAGUUCUGAUUACAGUAUGGGCUGUAGAACAGGAGGAUAGAUCGUUGGUUGCAAAAUGGACACCACUAACACAAAAGUAUGCUGAAGAGUGGAUAGGACUAGAUAGUCCUCAUGCUCGUAGCCUUUCAUCCAUACCAUUACAAAGCAUCCCAGAAAGUGAGGGGAAUGGUUCAGGAGAGCAUGUAAAACAUUGCAAGGGGACUUCAAUGGAGAAUAUGUAUGAAAUUAUAAAUGGAUCAGCGACCUUUAAACAUGAAGAGAAUACCAAGAAUCAACAGGAGUAUUUUGUCCCUUGGCAUUUACCUUAUCAUCGUGCUGAGGUAAGUGGUGCUUCUGCUCUUGCAAAUGGUCUGGCUAUGAAAGAUGAUAAGAAGGGUGCCGUUGUGCACAACAGAUAUUACCAUGUUUUUAGUGAAGGCGAACUUGAAAGGCUAGUAUACGGUAUGGGCAAUGUAAUAAUUGUUGAUCGGUAUGACAAAUCAAACUGGUGUAGCAUUCUUGAAAGGAUAUUAUGACAUAUUGAAGUUGCUGCCUUGGCGAGCCAAAUGGGUUUUGUAUAAGAUGCUUUAUCUGGCAAACUUUCAUGCUUCACAAGUUGACCCAUGUGUACAUAUCACUGAAAAGUUAGUUGUUAUGAUGCUCAGUGUACUGUUUCUAACAUCUAUGGCGAAGGCUUGGCCCCAUUUGGGAGGUGGGGAGACACUGGUAAGAGUAUUAAGCAUUGGCCUUCAAAUUUCAAAGAGAUGUACUAUACCAUCACUUGGAGAUUUUGGGUGAUUCAAUGUAUACUAUUACCAUGUAUUG